AUGGUUACACGUGCCUCCAGUGUACCGCACCUGAAUAAUAGCAGCGGUGGCAGUAGUGGUAGCGGUAGCUAUAAAGGUUCCAAUCCCGGUAGUCGUGGACGCGUUGCGACAAAAACUCGCCGCUCCACCGGAGGUGGAAAAUCUGUGACUCCAACAUCCAGAGAUAGUCAACAGCAUGUUGCUAUGCUGCCACGUUCCCGCAGCCUCAUCAACAACAUGCGUCGCGUUAGUCCACAAAAAUCAACAACAGGCAGUUCUGGAUCUCGAAAUACCCCGGUUUUUCUGCGAUCCCGUGAAAAUGAAAUUGGCAGUGCCGAUACAUUGGAAGUGGUGGCCUCGAAAUCAGCUGGAACGGGUAGUGAACCAUCCACGCCGGAGGAUAAUAUAAAUGUUGUGGUGCGAGUUCGACCGCUCAAUGAGCGAGAGAAAAGAGAUCGCCAUGGUUCAAUAUUACAAUUUCCCGGAAAUGGACAAAUUAUUAUUGAAGCCAAUAAUUCAGCCAAAAGUCGUAAUCGUGAAAAUGUCCGCGUCUUUACAUAUAAUGUUGUUUUUGAACCUGGCGCCACCCAAGAAGAUAUUUUGGAUUAUUCUGGUAUUAAGAGAAUCAUUGAAAUGGCAAUUGAGGGCUUUAGUUGUACAGCAUUUUGUUAUGGCCAAACGGGUUCGGGUAAAACGCACACAUUAACCGGUCCACCAGAUUUGUUUCUUGGCAAACCGAAUCACAAAGAUCCACGACAUGGUCUUAUCUUCCGAUCGUUUGUGUACCUCUUCCAGUUGAUAAGGAAUCGUCAGGAUACAUCCUUUGUAUUGAAGGCCUCAUUUAUGGAAAUCUACAAUGAAAGGGUUAUCGAUUUGCUGAAUCCCGGCUCCCAGCGCAAACCCUUGUCCGUGCGAUGGUCAAAGAAAUCCGGUGGAUUUUUUGUUGAAAAUUUAUUCACGGUCGAUUGUGAAGAGUUGGAUGAUUUGUUGGCUGUCCUGGAAGAAGGAAUGCGAAAUCGAGCUGUAGGGUCCCAUGCUAUGAAUGAUCACUCCUCCAGAUCACAUACCAUACUCACUGUGCACAUAAUAUCCGAACAACAAACCGAUGGUGGGGUGUUCCUAUCCAAACAUGGAAAAAUCAAUUUUGUGGAUUUGGCAGGAAGUGAGCUAACCAAGAAGACCAUGAGUGAGGGCAAGACAUUGGAGGAGGCCAAUAACAUCAAUAAGAGUCUGAUGGUGUUGGGUUAUUGUAUUGCCUCGCUGAGUGAUAGUAAGAAACGAUUCGGCCAUAUACCCUAUCGAGAUAGUCAGCUGACAAAAUUACUUGCGGAUAGCUUGGCGGGAAACGGCGUCACUCUAAUGAUUGCAUGUGUCUCACCGGCCAAUUAUAACUACGCUGAAACUUUAAAUACCCUACGAUAUGCAUCGCGCGCAAAACGUAUACGUACGAAACCCGUUAUUAUGAUGGAUCCCCGGGAGGCGUUAAUAUUAAGUCUUAAACGUGACAUUAAUGCUCUACAAAUGGAAAAUGAACAUUUGAAGGCAGCCCUGCACUAUCAUCACAAUACAAUACGAGAGGCUAGCAUAAGUGCGGAAAAUAGUGAAGAAGUAGUCGAAGUUCCGAUGGAUAAUGGUGGAGGUCCAAUACCGAAAGUUAAUUUGGAACGUUUACCCGAAUUAGAUGGUAGUGAGUUGGCGGAAUUGGUGAAAUUGUAUAUGCAAGAAAAUGAAGCGUUAAGACAGGAGAAUAAUCAUUUGUUUACCGUGCGUGAAACAAUACUGCGGGAUCAGGAAAUUGUUUGUCGUGAAAAUGAACGUUUGCUCAAGAAAUUGGAAGAUGUUAAUAAAGUUUGUGUUCGUUCUCCUUUGAUUCCGGCCAGGGCGGCAUUAUCCUCAGCAUCCGGUAGUGAGACACCGGGAACGGAAAUCUGGACAAAUCCUCAAGAUUCGCCGGAUGAAAGAGAUCCAAAAGAUUUACAAGGACGUAUUUCGGAAAAUAAUGAAAAACGUUCCGAUGAGGAACAACGUAAAAUUGAUCAGGAACGCAUUGCCCGUAACAUUAUUGAUAUGGCCAAUAAAUUUCCAAGUAGAAAUGUAAAGGAAGAGGGCACCAACACAACUAUACCGGCUAAUUCGAAUGAUGCAAAUCCAGAUGUUAAUGGAUUUUUACCGGACAUGUUAACCUAA